AUGGCUUUUUUACAAGAUGAUGAGGAUGAUUUACGUCCACCGAUGGAAACAACAAUUGAUAUGAAUGCGAUUAGAGCAAUGAGUUAUUUUCAGAAUCAAGAUUUUGAUGGUUUAAAAGUAGCGAGGAGAAAAAUGACAGAUUCACAAGCAACUGGAGAAGAACUUGAUCGAAGUAUUUCGUGUGGUUGGGAUAUGGAAACAUUUGAUAUGUUAGCAACUGUUGAGACAUUAAAAGAAGUAUCAAAACGAAUUUUAACUCGAAUUCAUAAUGUUGAAUCGCAUGCUUCAUGGUCAGGAGAAAGAGCAGCUAUUAGUCAAGUAGCAACAUUGUAUCAAAGUGAAAAUCGUGAAGUUCCAUUUUUACCGGGUCACAAAUUUGUACUUGUGCAACACAGUGUAGGAGCAUUGACUUCGGUUCUUCUUUACAUUCAACCAAAUUUUAAUAAUCAAAGUACAUCAUCAGCUAUUGAUUCUAAUUGGACAGUUAUUCGAAUAGGUGCAGCUCGAUUAAAUACUUAUCAAAUAACAACAACAAAUGUUAUAUCAUUAGGAGAAUUAUUUCAAUUAAGAAAACAAUAUCUUCUUACUGGAUUAGCUGUUGAUAUUGAUGGAAAACCUUUUCUUCGAAAAAAUGUAUCUCUUGAUGAAUUAUUAAUUGGAAAAUUAUUAGAUUUUUCUACAUUAACUUGUCCAAAUUUAACUAAAACAUGGUUUAGAUUUGUUGAAUGGACUUAUAUUUGA